GGGCGGACACGGGACAAUUUGCUCACCCUGAGGGGACAGAGCCUUCGGGGCGGGCGGGCGUGAGGGCGCUCCUCUCCGAGGGAUUAGCGACAGCCACGCUGUCCCGUCGCAGACGGCGAUUUACCUGGGUGGCCACCUCCCUUCCCCAUUUCUUUCUUCCUUCCUUUCCUCCCUCCCUCCCUCCUGGAGCUGGUGGUUUCGGCGGAGAGGGCGUGGAGCCCGCCUGGCCCCUCCCCGGAGAAACUUGCCGCCGCCGCCCGCGCCAGAUUUCUGUGGGUACCAAAGCUCAGGACACAGUAUCAGUCUUAUCCUUGUGCUUGAACAUCUGUAGCUCACUGGAGGAUUUAAAAAAUAAAUUCAAUAUGACCUAGUUGGCUUGACCUGUGGAAAUUUUAUAAUGUCUUCUGGAACAAGUAUCAACAGAAAUAGGCAGGCUCCCAGCCUGCAGGGUGUUGACCCAGAAACAUGCAUGAUAGUGUUCAGAACACACUGGGCACAGGUUCUGAAAAUCUUAGAGAAGCAUGAUCCUUUGAAAAAUACUCAGGCAAAAUAUGGGGCAGUUUCACCUGAUGAGGCCAGCACUGUGCAGAAUUAUGUGGAGCACAUGCUUUUCUUAUUAAUUGAGGAACAAGCAAAAGAUGCCUCGAUGGGGGCUAUUCUGGAGUUUGUGGUCUCAGAAAACAUCAUGGAGAAGCUUUUCCUUUGGAGCCUAUGGCGAGAGUUCACUGAUGAGACAAAAAUUGAGCAACUCAAAAUGUAUGAAAUGCUCGUAACCCAGUCUCAUCAGCCUUUGCUGCAUCACAAGCCUAUUUUGAAACCUUUGAUGAUGUUGCUGAGUUCCUGCUCAGGAACAACCACUCCAACAGUGGAAACAGAAUUGGUUGUCCUCUUGAGCCAGCUCUGCUCUAUAAUAGCCAAAGAUCCCUCCAUUUUAGAACUGUUUUUCCACACUAGUGAGGACCAAGGAGCUGCCAAUUUCCUCAUUUUUUCCCUGCUGAUCCCCUUCAUCCAUCGAGAAGGAAGAGUAGGCCAACAGGCCCGGGAUGCACUGCUUUUCAUAAUGUCUCUGUCUGCAGAAAACAACCUUGUUGCAAACCACAUAGCAGAAAACACCUAUUUUUGCCCAGUGCUAGCAACAGGACUAAGUGGUCUCUAUUCGUCUUUGCCUACAAAGCUGGAAGAAAAAGGAGAAGAAUGGCACUGUCUGAUGAAAGAUGACUGGCUUUUGUCACCAGCCCUUGUACAAUUCAUGAAUUCCCUUGAAUUUUGCAAUGCUGUGAUACAGGUGGCACAUCCCUUGAUACGCAACCAGCUUGUGAAUUACAUUUACAAUGGAUUUUUGGUGCCAGUAAUGGCUCCUGCACUCCAUAAGGUGACUGUGGAGGAAGUGAUGACUACGACUGCGUACCUGGAUCUCUUCUUGCGCAGUGUUUCGGAGCCAGCCCUCCUCAAGAUUUUCCUCCGCUUUGUUUUGCUGCAUCAACACGAAAAUGUUCAUAUCCUGGAUACACUUACCAGCAGAAUCAACACACCAUUCCGGCUCUGUGUGGUCUCCUUGGCGUUGUUCAGAACACUCAUUGGCUUGCAUUGUGAAGAUGUGAUGUUACAGCUAGUUUUAAGGUAUCUGAUCCCAUGCAACCACAUGAUGCUGAGCCAACGGCAAGCUGUGAAAGAGAGAGACUGUUACUCUGUAUCUGCUGCAAAACUGCUGGCCCUGACACCUCUGUGCUGUUCCACCGGAAUCACUUUGACACUUGAAAGCCAAGAAAAAGACUAUAUUCUCUGGACAAAACCAGCACAAGCUAAAGAUCCUGGUAGACGCUCUUCUGAAUCUGCUUGCAUUGUGGAAUAUGGAAGGGCUGUGGACAUCAGCUACUUGCAGUACCUGGGAGAAGCUCAAGAAGCCAUCAUGCAGUGCAUGAAAGACUGUGAGGUUUGGUCUGCCUUGUAUGAUGGAGUAAAUCCUGAUCCAGACACCUUUAUCCAGAUGCUUGCAGAGGAGAACACUACAGAUGCGGAACACCCUAUGUUUCAGCUCCAGCGGAGGACACCUAGCACACGUAGCUCUGCACAAGCAACUCCAUUCAGUGAGAAGAUGCAGUUAGAGCUAGAAUGGGAUGAUAGCUAUGACACAGGGAUUUCUCCUGGUUCUAAUGUGAGUUCACCACAAUCAUAUGAUGGUCUGGGAAGCACAGAAAUUCAACCACCUGCAGAGCCACCAAAACACAUUCAAGAAAUGAAAAAAAAUGCUAUUAUGGUCAUCAAAGGCUCUUACGUAGAGGAGUCAGACUUUCAGGAUGAUGUUAUGGUUUACAGGUUAUGUGCCCAGAAGGAUACUCAAGAUGACAAUAGCUCCAAGGAGAAAUCUUUAAAUGUACCCAGAGAACACAAGGUGCAGAGCCAGACCAUAGUUGAUGGGUCUUUUGCAAAGUCACAACUGGAAAUAGACUUGGAUGAGCACAGUGAGAAAAAUUCAAGCUCAACUAAAGGUGUAAUUAGAGAACAAAUAAACCAGAAAAUUACUGAGAUUGAGCCACAACCAGACUUAAAGACUUCUUUUCAGGAGGUAGAUUGUAACUUAAGUGUAAAACUGCUGAGCACAGAUGGUGAGGAUUUCAUUGCACAAUAUGACAGAAUUAUUAAGGAACUGAAUCCAAACAGUGUAAGCUUGGAGGAGCAGAAGUUGGAUGCUCCUGAUUCUGUCUCUCCAGCAGAAGAAGAGGAGGACUUUGGGAAUUUCUCAGCAGAUACCCCUUCUGCAGAGAGCAUAUCAUCUCCCUUUGGACCAAAGGAGGAUGUCUUGCCCAAGCACUCUCCAAGCAGCCAGAGUGCACCGUUUACAGGACCAUUCAUCAGCGUAGUAUUGUCGAAGCUGGAGAACAUGCUGGAGAAUUCCUUGCAUGUAAAUUUGCUGCUUAUUGGGAUUAUUACUCAGCUGGCAAGUUAUCCACAGCCGCUUCUUCGCUCCUUUCUGCUCAACACCAACAUGGUAUUUCAACCUAGUGUGCGCUCACUCUAUCAGGUGCUGGCAUCUGUGAAAAAUAAGAUCGAACAUUUUGCUUCCAUUGAAAAAGACUUUCCAAGUCUUCUCCUGGAGGCCCAACAGUACUUGCUCUUUCGUGUGGACAUGUCUGAUGCUGCAGAAGAAUUGCUCACCAAAGGUAAUGUCCAACACAGCAGCAACACAGGGAAAGGAAAGAAUCUUCCUGAAGCUUACCCGGCUGUACUGCAGCCUUUCCUGGGACAGAAAGGAAAUAAAGGCCUGGCUCAUCCCAGCCUUCCUGUGCACGUGAGGAACGCUGUGCUUGCAGCUGCCCUUUUCCCAGAGUUCCUGAAGGAGCUGGCAGCUCUAGCCCAGGAACAUUCCAUUUUAUGUUACAAAAUAUUGGGGGAUUUUGAAGAUUAUUAUUAGUGGCUUUUUAAAAUGUGUUUUUAAAAAGUUUUUGGAGUUUAAACAGAUUUUUAAUUCAAAGCUGCUUUCAAAAGAAGUUUGUACUUCAAUAUUUCCUGAAAAUACUUGAUUUGGAGGGGGAAGAAGGAAGCAAAAUAUUUUUCCAGUUAGGCCUCAUAAUUUCCCUCUGUGCUUACAUAACUUAUUUGAGAUUUCUGAUACUGCUCAUACUGCAACUUCCUUCUUCAUCCCUUCCUCUUUACAGAGCCACCCUUCUUCAGUGUCACUAAUUCGUGUUGAAUUUCUACAAGAGACACUUGUUGGCUGGCUAAGAGACACAAACACAUUAGCUUUUUCUGUUCCAGAAAUACUCUUCUGAAUAACUUGUUAGGAGACAAGUUUGCUUGAAGAAACAUUGCCCCAUGGGAAAAGUUCACAUUAUAAAGAGACAUGCAAAAUCUGCACAAAACCCCUUUAUGUGAGGGGCUGUGCUUCUUGAUGUCAUUGUCCUCUUUUACUCUUCCAUUCCUUCAUCGUAAAGCGGGGUUCUUGCCAAUCCAUGUCCAAAACCCCCUUUUUAACUACUGUCUCAAAUUUUCUGAAUUCAAGUGGUCUUACGUGUAGUGAACCCAUGAGUAGCUGAAAACAGGUGCUGGGCCCUGCACAUACCAUUUUGCCUUAUGUUGCAGACAGAUCUGCAGCUAUCAGCAGCUGGGCUUUGAAGUCCAAUGAAGUGCAUAAGUGGAUGUGGAUUGCAGACUGCCUGGAAUUUUCCUUGCAGUUGCUCAGCAUUCCUUGAUAACUCUUGAAUUGCUACCUAAGCCCACGAACAUGCCUUAUUUAGUAAGAUUUGCACAAAGUACAAAGCAAAAUGUUUCUAUGCAGGCUGUUAUUCGUGUCUAGUUUAUUUGUAUGCUUGUUAUAAUAAGCUAAAGAAAGAUACUCAGUAUCUGUAGUGCUAAAUGGACAGCAGGCUUGUCUUUGUCUGUUUUGUAUUAAACAAAAAAAUUUGCUUGCUCAUGAAAAGUGUACUGGUUUAUUGUUAAUUUCUUUUGAUUAAGAGGAAGUUAAGUACUGUUUGUUUCCUUUAAAUUUAUGUGUUGACUUUUCCUAAGAUUGUACUUCUGGGAUGGUGAGGAGAGGACCAGGCUAUUCACCAGCUGCAGUAAAGGAAGGAGUAAUGGGGAAAGCUGUCUGCUGGUGACUAACUGCUUGAGAAAAUUCUCUUGUGUGAGUAAUGGGCUUCACCACUGCAUUUUGUCUUAUCUUAGCUGCAUAAUUGUGCUUCCAGUGUGUUCUAGUUCUCUACAUAAAGAGGGACCUAAUUCAAGAAAGACAUGAACCCUUUUGUCCAGGAUACAAGCUAACAGUGACUCCAAAAUAUGUGAAGAAACCAAAAUCAGAAGUAACACUUGCAUACAUUAGUUCUCAUGUUCAUUGUAAUUCCAUAAUGUGGAAUUCCAGUUAAUUACAUCCGAUUUUGAAACACACUUUCUCCGAGAUUUCAAGGAAAAAAACAGUUUCAAAAGAAAAAACCAAAGACAUUCCAGAAGAGUCUAAUUAAUUAUAGGUCAGAUUCCUCUGGAAUGUGCAGUGCAUUUCAAACUCUUAAAUCCUUUAAAUAGUUCUGAAAAGUUCUGCCUUUAAUUUUCAAGGUAUAGAUUAAAGUUACUGCAUUCAUUCCCAAAAAACAUCCUGAAGUCUACCUCCAACAAAAUCACCACCAGAACUUCUCUGGGUCCAUCUUUACUUGUUUGCUGCACAGUCUUUACUUCCAUGAUGGCUGGGAGUCCUGUUGCCUCCUAGCUGACUUUCUCUGUUUUGCUUUCUUUUGUGACUUUAGUUUUUCAGGUGUCACUGUGUCACCAUUCUGUAAAUCACCUACUGACCUCCACAUGGCCCUCUUUCACUUCACCAGCUUUUUCAGAAGCUGAAACCAAAGCUGUAGCAUUUUUCCCUAAGUAUUAGUUAUCCAGGUUGAAGAGAGCUCUUUCAUUUUCAGUUCCCCCCAUCCCUGCAUAGUUGUAAAUGGAUAAUGAGAUUGAUGGAUUUCUUUUUUAAAAAAAUAAAAUAAAAUAAACUUGUCAUUGGACACUGUGGGUCCUUUCCCCACUCCCCCAUUUCUGCUGCCUUCCAUGAUGUACUCACAGGCUUGGCCUGAGGGGCUUCAGUGGAUAUGUGUUGGAAGUGAUUUAGCAUUAUGGUUGUAGGGUCAGUGCUUGCUUCUCCUUCUCACCUCUUCUGCAAGAAUUGUAUGUGAGCAAAAAGCAAGUUUGAUCAGCUGACUUAUAGUGGUUCAGAAAUAAGUGCUAAAAUACAGAAGCAAUCUAAUAAUUUUUUGAGGACUUUUUAAAAAGUAACUAGAAAGAUUAUUUCACCUUUUUAAAAAUAAAUAAAAAAAAAUAAAGAAUGCUUCAGACCAGCUCUCAAGGGAGUAAAUUACUAACUGAAAACUCCCUUAUUUGUUUGUAUUCUAAACUGAGAAUUUGCUGGGUAGAAGGGUUUUCUUUUGAGAUUGUUAAUUUUAACUGGUGUUUUCAACAUUUCAACAAAUGUACAAAAUCACUGCAGUUUGAUCCCAGCAGGUCUGUUAAGCUACAUGAGGAUUUUAAAAUGUGGACUACUCAUAAAAGCAUCUGUAAAUUUGAGGAAGGAGAGGAUUUUCUUCUGUAGUUUUAAUAGAGCUUAUGUUCUACAUCCAGUAGGAUAAAGUCAGCCAAUCUGGAGUUGUGUGGAGGGCUUCUUGCUGAAAGGUCAGAGCUGUGUUUGUGCACAGUGUCCCCUCACAAACUGGAAAUGUCUGUCAUCUCCCUGAAAAGAAGAGGUGGACGAGUGCAGUGACCCUGGCUUAGUAUGUUAAAAUGCAGAUCAUACGUGUUCCUUUGCAUUGCUUAUUUUCUGAGUGGGAUCAGACUUGCAGCUGUGCCUCAGAUGUGAUAGCAAUAUAAUGUCUGGCAGCUAGCACAAGAAACUAUUGGUGGGAAUUGCUUCUUCCUGUCUUCAAAAUGCAGAACCUGUGAUUUAGCUUGAAAAUGUUGAUUUUUUGAGAUUAAUCAUGUCUGUGUGCAUAAGCUCUUCAGCCAAAUGCUUCUCUAAUAAGCCUCUUCUCUCCAGGUAGAUAUUGUGUAAUCCUGUCUCUCACCAGAUACAUCCUUUCCAAAAAAAAACCCUGUACCUGUGGUCCAAGCAGUGGUCCUGUCUGUAGGUCCCUGGAACAGCCUUAAGCUGCUCUUUCCAAGAACAAGGAAGUGCUUUGUGAUCUGAUUUUCCCCACAUUCAGGUGGGUGUGUGACUGAAGCAGUCCCUCUUUAGUACAUUGGCUCAGUAUUAGUUCCAAAUGAAGUGCCUUGGCAGUUCUAUUCCAAAGACUUCAGGUGGUGGCUCAGAGAUACCAAAGUGAAUUUCCAGUCUCCUACUACGUUUCAAACUGUGAAUGCCACAUUUCCAAUUAUAUGGCUUUGGGGUGUGUUUUUAAGCUAUUCUGCUAUAGCAAGGAAUCUUUCCAGCAUUUUCAAU